GUGCUACUGGUGGCCAGUCCUUGCCGUUAGGAAGGCAAAAGUCUAGUGGUUAUAAACGACGAGAGACGAGAGCACGCUGUUGGGACCGUGGAAUGCGCGCUGACAGGUAUUCACCGCCGCGCCGUCGCACUCGGAAUUCACUAAAUGGAAGCAGGGAGUGAUGUACAGACACGAAGAAAAAGGAUAUAGAGUAUGAGGGUCCCCGAGGAAAAGCGGAAGGAACGUUCACAGCUCGGCGAAGCGGUUAAUGAUUGGGCGUCACCGUACGCAGCUGGCUACGUCUUUGUCGCCAACAGCUGGAGAUGAGCACGCAGGAGACGAACGCGACGACAACGACGACGACGUCGACGACGUUGGCAUCGUCGUCGAUGCUCGAGGUUGCCGCCGCUGAUGACGAGGGGGAGCCACCGACCUUGGGCGAAAUCGUCGACAUGGACCUGGUGAACGGACCGAAUCCGUGGCUUCCGGCCUACGGCUUCCAGCUCCAACACCAUUCCCAUUUUCAAUCCGACCACGAGGAUCUACGGACUAAUGACACGGUGCUAGUGCAGCAAGUCGACUUUUUAGAGACUAUUUUGGAGGAAACGUCGGACGAUCUGCAGAGCGACUCUGAUCGCAGCGGUACUGCGUACUGGGUCGGUUCUGAGUCGGAAACCGAAAGCGUGAUACACAUACGAGCGAAGCAGAGAUCAGCAGACGAAAGACUAGACGGCGGGAGUGGUAGCGAGUGCAAUUCCGUGGUUCCGAAGAAGAGACGGCGCAGGAACAAUGGUACCAGCGACCGGGACCACCAAGUGACCUUCGAGGAUUAUCCAGCCUCGCCCAGAUCCUCGAGAUCGUCCGCGUCAUCGAGAUCCAGCUCUCUGCUGCAGUUCGAAUCGUUGGAGAGGACCUGCGCCACACUAUCGCCCUCCAGCUACAGCUUCGACUCGCUGGAGUACUCGAAUCGAUCCAACGCUUCCCAUCCAGAGAACACGUCACCCGACAGUCUCGAGCAGGACUACGACAGAGUUCUGCCAAAUGGUUUCGGGAACACCGAUCACUUUCCGAGGAUCAGGCCUUACCGCAGCUUCGAGAGCCUGGACACGUGUCAGAAGGAUGACGACUACGGGCACGCCGGGCUCACCAACGGUUUCGCACCUUUGUACCUGAAACGUAACUCGGAUCUCUCGAGGAUACGAAACAACGGGCAUCGUCCAAGGGACUUUUGGCACGACGACGAAGAAUACGAGGAUGACGAGGAGGAGGAAGACCUCGACGAGGAGGACCGCUUGCUGAAGGACAAUCGCGCGUGCUCCGAGAUCGAGGAUCGAUUGAUGGUCUUCGGCGACCCGGCGUGCAACUACGCGACGUCGGUGGACUACAGGAACACGAUCGAUUUGCGGGAGAUCGGCGUCGAGACGAAGAGGGACGCCCUGUUGGAUCUGAAGUCUGGCCAGGCGGCUGUGUCGAGUUCCUUUCGUCUGCUGCAGACCAGGUUAAAUAUAGCUGGUAGCAUGGCGCACACUCGCAACAACAUGGUUGCCGAUCAUCUUCAUCAUCAUCAUUAUCAUUACCCUGGUUCUCAUCACCAUAAUCAUCAACAGCAGCACCAGCACCAGCAUCAGUACGAGCAUAAUCAUGAACAUCAGCACAGCUACGAGCACCACGAGCCGCGGCAGCACAGUCAAGGGUGGAGCAACGAGGAGUGCUUUAAUUUUAGAUUCACGGAUAAAUCUCAAAGCGCGCCCAGUCUGCCUAGCAGCAUCGACGAGUCCGCACACGAUCCACGCUCGUUGACGGGCAACGGUUCCUCAAGGGCAACCUCCUUCGUCUCCACGUCGAAUCUCUUCGAGAAUUACACGAGGGUAGCCAGCGUGCCGGUCGAUCUGAAUCUCUGCGGCUUCUCCGCGACGUACGAUGAGCCGUGUUACCAACGCGUGAGCCACCACGAUCACGAAAUGGCGGAGAUCGCGAACGUACACGAGAAGAAACGAACGAACAGCCGCGAGGAGAGCCAACGGAACGGCGAAGACGCGACGGGACAGUCGAAGAGCUCUUUGACGAGCUCGGUGAGAACCCAACCGUCGCAGUGCGUGAUGGACAGCAAGAUGGAUCGCGAGUCGAUCGAGGAGAUCGCGAGGAACGAGGAGUGCGCGGCUGGCGAUCAUUGCCCGAAGCCACGGGAGAAGAAGCAGGUCACGUCGACGGUGAAGACCCAGGAUCGCGGGAACUGCGUGCUGGACAUGGCCAUCGCCAUGGAGAACGACAUGGUGGACGAGGCCAUCAAGCAACUCAAGCGCGAGGUCGAAGAAGCCACCGUAUCGAACGGCAGAUACGCGAUGGACGUUCAAAGAACGUUCUCGGGCAAGCAGAGACCACACAGGGUGAAGAACAACGCCAGUUACGAGCUGGCCCAGCAGUACGAGAUCGACGAGAGAAGUUUUCGACCCAAUAGGUUCCGUAAAGAGAUCUCCAAAGAAAUCUCCAACGAACAGACACCCAAGUCGCCGAAAACUGCUUUCAGCGGACGGAAGCGAGUGUUGAACAACGCUAGCUACGAGCUAGCCCAACAGUGCGAUUAUAUAAAGGCUCUCCAGUCCUCCAGAGGUGCCUUCCAGCGAAUGGACGCGUGCGACGAGCUCGAGGAAUCGGGGUACGGCCGAUCCUCGCGGCUCAGAGUCACCGACAUGGUGCAACAGAUGAGCAGUAGCUCCACGUCAAACCUCAGCAGCCCUUCCAACGAGCACCGUCUGGACGCCAGGAAGUACUCCAAGUCCACGGAGGACAUAUUUUCGCAGUUCUCGACGGGCCCGUUCACCAGGGUACCGAUCGAACAGUUGGGCCAACGGCUGAAGAAACAGGAGGAGGAGGAGGAGGAGUCCCUUCUUUCUCAGGUAAAAAAAAACUCGGAUCCAUUUUCAAUCUAUGGAGACGAUCCUAAUGCCCGUCCCGUAGUAGCCGACGAGAUAGAUUACCCCUGCUUGGAAACCAAACCCAUAGGAGCUUCUUCCAGCCUGGAGGGGGGCGCGACCAGCGCCCGCGGAACCCAGGAAAAAUCCCUAGAACUCGUGCACGCGAACAGAACCACGAACGUUGUCGAGCAUCCCGCGACCUACGAUCGCGGCGUUGACCCGGUGAAAAUCGGUGACCGUUACGCGGAGAACAACGCCGCGGUUCUUCGACGCCCGGAGGAGCAUCAGGCUCGGAUGGAGGACGUCGUCGACGAAGGUUCGUCGUCGAUGUGCAACAGGAACGCCGGGGCCGGGGAACGGCUGUGGAGGGUCAUAGUGGAGAAGCCGGCCGUGGAGAAAGAGGCUUCCGUGGAGAAGGUUGCCGAAGUGGAGGCGGCAGCGGAGACGGAGGAGAAGAAGGAGAGCGAGAAAGAGCAGCAAAAGCCGGCGGUGGAGGAGGCAACGGAAGCAGCGAGGGGACACACUGUCCACGGUGUUCGUGUCCCCCCACCCAGCGUUACCCACGGCCUGGAACCCAGUGAACGGAGUGGGAAUCCAGCGGUGGCCGUGGUAGUUGAUACGAAUCAUCGCGGUGAUCGCGACAAACGUCACGAGGAGAACGCGGCGGCAACAACGAUCACAGUUAGGGUAGAAGACGCGACGAUGUCGGCGACGACGACGACGAAACGGUCCUUCGUUACGCCGUCACCACCGAAGGACCCGUCCGCGGCCAGGAUUCAGAGGGGGAUGGCCGUAGACGCGAUCCCUCCGACCCCGGUCAAGGAAGAAAGGAAGAAGGGUGGUCUCGGUGGAUUCCUUCAGAGAUUCUCGAGGCUACGGUUCAGUGGUAGAUCGAAAGUGCCGCGGUCCGAGGUGCAGAAAAAGAGUGAUACGCUUGGCCAAGUGAAUCGCGGCAAGGUGAACGAGCAACAGACUAAAAAGGAGCCGGAUUACAUCAUCAUUCCGUUGCAUGCCCCGGAAGAUGAGAAGCGCAAGGACGAGUACGACGUCGCCGUGGACGCGAAGACGGACAGGAGGACACCCGGGGACGUUCAACGGAGCUCCUCCAACGUUAGCGCGAACGGGAGGGCGCCAGUGUCCAGCAAGCCGCCCCUGCCUCCGCAGCCGCCCCGCGUCGGGGCGCUGAGCUCGAGACCGUCAGCGGCGGCGGCGGCGGCGUCUUCGUCGCGCCGACGCGCGGCCACAGACCUUGGAAAUCCGGCGGCCAUCGAGAUGGCGAAAGCCCGUGCGAUGCAGGCCGCCCAGGAGCGCCCGGUCGGCCUGCUCGAGACCGACCUCGACGAGGCCGUCCCGUCGACGACGACGACGACGACCACCGCCUCAACGAACGCCGCCGGCAAGAAGACCAGGAGUCUGCUCAAUCUGAAUCACACCUCGACCACCCCGCGACUAAGGCCCGAGCACGCCCUCCACGUACCCCAGUCGCCCGUCGGCGCUUCGCACAGGAGCCCCCAAGACGACGGCGCCGCCUCCACCAUCAAUCAACGGCCACACAAAUCCAUGGAGUUCCUCCUCGACAAGGAGAACCUGCAUUUCGUCAAGCCGCCGGAGAACGAGUUGCAGAAGAUUGGCGAACGGGUACCCAGCGAGCACGAGCUCCGAGUACAAAGAUCUCUGCAACGACUGAACGUUCCCGAUUGGUACAAGAACUCUCCCGCGGCUCGCGAUGGUUUCCGGUUGAAGAGGCACUCCGACGCGUCGCAGCACGGAGGAUGGCGUGCUCUGGGCUCGAAAACCACUUCCCUCUCGUCCCUUUCGUCGUCUUCCAAUAGGCAGCCGACUACAGGUGCCCUUCUAAGUCCAAGUCCUACGCCACCUGUAUUCUCGAGAUGGAGCACCAGUCUGCUGAACAGCGCCGGAAGUUCGCCAGCAAGUUCGGCGAGGUCGUCGUUCAAUCAUCGACAGCCAUAUUUGGGUUGGCGUUCGCAGGAACGAUUAACAAAUCCUCGAACACCGGCCGAACGUCUUGCUCAGGGUAUUCUUCCCCAGUUGCAAGCAGCAAACAAGCAGCAACAGCAGCAACAGCAGCAGCAGCAACAACAACAGCAGCAGCAGCAGCAGACAACGAAUCAGCAGCUAGAAGUAAGGAACUCGAUAAAGGAGGUAACCUCGGCCAUUGUGCACUACGUGCAAAGCGGUCAGGAGGUUGCUGGAGGUGGCAGGCUCUCGCCUCGCCCUCGACCCGAAGACUGGGAUGACAGGGGCGGAGCAAGGUCAACCAGCCCCAGAGGGAGCGUGAAGCUGUGUUGGAUGGAGAGCUCGUUCGUUGGCACAAGACCCGUGGACUCACCGGAGACACCGAUGAGUUUGGCCACGGAGACCGACUGCUGUCCAGGCUGCAACGCCACGGGCACUGAGUCCUGCAGUUGCAUCGACUCCGCGACUUCCGGUCUGUUCUUGGAUUUGACGCCCACCCGCGACGACGGCCAGCUACAACAGCAACAGCAGCAACUAGGCGGAGGCAGCAGUCUCUGUCCGUCGCCGUCAUCGUCGCUCAAUUAUCACCACCACCAUCCCCAUCCCCAUCACCAUCACCGUCAGCUACACCAUCAACAGCAACCGCAGCAACAGCAACGCCAUCACCGCGGAUCGGGCCAGAGCGAUUCGGACGAGGCGAUGGCGACGGCAGCUCUUCUGCGGAACAAACCGAGCCCCGGUUCCACGACCCUGGAGGACGUCCUUGACUCCCUCCUCGGGCUGCCAUCCGCGUCGCGUACCCCGAGUCCUGGGCCAGGACCAGUCGUAACCGGCACAUCCGCCACCAUGCGACAUCGAACUAACGUCGGCCAGGCUAAUGCGAAAGCCGGGAAGAGCUGCAGCGACCUACGCCAAGACCUCCAAGAGUCCGCUAGAAGUGUGAUGGACGUGCAAGGAGCCACCGAGGAGCGUGCUUCGUACUACGUGGGUGAGCUCGUCAGACGGAAGAGCGAGGGCAGCGAUUCGAUACCGUCGAAGGCGACGACGAUGCAGUCGAGAGGUGGCCCGCUGCGUCACCGACGUGUCUCCUUCGACAACAACCAGGAGUCGAACGGUUUGAUGGGGAACGCCGGCGAGAAGAUAGUCCGUUGUCGCAACAACAAGUGCGGCAACUCCACCAGCUUGGCCGAGGCGAGGAGAAGCUACAAGAGCUGUCACAACUGUACCUGCCUCUACUGUUCCCGAGAGUGCAGGAAAGCGCAUUGGCAGCGUCAUCGGCGCACCUGUCUGCACUCCCGAGCCGGUAGCCUCUGCAAGCAGGUGUUGUCCUCUGCCAAGGAGGAUCCCAUUACGUUGAAGCAUAUCUCGGCGCUGGCGAAACGUGGCUACGCGUCUCACGGUCGCGGCGCCGUCAAGUGCUUCUUCUCCAGCCCCGAAGUGGCGGAGAAGUUCAUCGGGAACGGAUUCGUGGAUCUUGGCGAGCCCACUUACGUCAGAUGGUCGGAUCUACUCGCCAGCGAGAUGGGACCGGACCUGUACGCCGAGGUGAUACGGCUGUGCAAGUCGUACAACCCGGACACCAGGCUGGUGCUGUACGUGGCCGUUUGCGUGGUCAGCGAGGUCCCUACCAGCGGAGCCGUUAAGUGGGAGCGACAAUUGGUAUCCAGAUGCGCCAAGAUUCACUUGGACUCCGCCAGCAGACACCACACGUCCUCGUCGUCCGCCUCGCCGCAGGGCAGGCAACAGUCUACCUCGCCCUGCAAUAUCACAAGGGAGAUGGAAUCCCCCGAGAUGCUGGUGCUGACGUCGUUACCGGGAAACAACGGACAGAACACCCCCAAGAAGAUCAGGGAGAUCAGCUUCACGAACAUCCAGGGACAACUGAAGAUACGGGGCGUGUCAUUGAGAAGACACUUCCCUCAGGUAUACAGGAAGCUCCGUGCUUACGUGGACGGGACCGUAGACAAAUUCGCGCCAGUCACCAUCUACCCGCGAGACCAGGCGUCGGGGAAGAGCUUCGUGUGCAUCAUCAUACUCGACGUCGAGCCUGAGCGUCUUCAGCUACUUCCUAGGGAUUCAUCUAGGGUCAGAACCGUCGACAUUAGCGUCGAACAGGAAUGAACAACCGUUCCUUCGUUAUUAGAUUGAACAAUUUUUUUUACUAAACUUACGAUUGGUAAGACUUAAAUUGCAGGCCGUGGUUCAACGGGCGAGAACGAAGGUUCGAAGGUUCACCGAGUUUCAUCUUCUGGCCAGGGCCCCUGGAUGAAAGGAAACUUAUAUCUUGACCGUAUCGUUCGCGAGCGAAACAACUGAAGAGAGGUCUCGGUGUAGGGCGUGUAGUAAAUUGAACGAUAGCGAAUCGUCUCUUGAGAAGAGACCUCCUCGGUCUUUGAGGGGAAGAUGAGUCGAUUUGCCAAAUCGAGGAUGCCUCGAGUGGUUGAUAUUCUAGAACGCUUAGCGUGGAGCAACGAACAAAGUAUACGGACGAAAUACACUCUCCGUUGUCGACUCUCUCGACUUGACUCGGUUCGAGAUAGGUCUGAUCGUGUGUACUCGUAGUCUGCGAUAAACUUUGCUGGUACACGUUACAUUACAAUUCUCCGAGUUGUUCAUUUUUAUCACCUCGAUAUCGAAGAAAGUCUUUCGACUGUUGUCCAACGACAAACCGGUUCUCGUGGAUAUCUAACGAACGUGUUUCCCCAUGGUAACUGACGUCUGACGCCAGUGUCGUUCGCGAGUCUUGUUCGUCGACCUUAGAGUACUCCUUCGAAUUGCUUCGGUAGAUCAAAAAGAAAUUUCUCGAUUUGGUUGUUGCUCUAUCAGAUGUUUAUUAAUUGUAUCGAUCGUCGUAGGAAUCGGCGAGUGUUCGCGAUGACACUGCGGUUUCUGGAUCUCUAUGUCAAAAUUAUUGGGUUAUUCGGAAAGCUUGUGCCGACUUGCGAGGACCUUCAAACAUUCAGAUAUAUUUGUUUAAUUAUUAGGGUGUACCGAAAGUUUUUUCUAAUUUGUCUUCUUUUCUUUCUUUGUCGCGUUUCAACGAAUGUUCAAAUUAAAUAAAACUAAACAAAUUUUAUGUCACCAUUGUGUAACUAUCGACGAAAAAGCUUUUCUGCGGCUACGUUUCGUUGUCGAUGACAUGAUCCUUUGAAACAGGUAAAAACCGCUGGCACGAGACACGGUUCGAGCACCCCAAACCUCGACGGAUCGUUUUCGAAAGUAACGACGAUAGGUAUCUUGUUGUCCUUUCGUUCGAUUUAACGUAUUUACGGUUGUAUCUUUUGAAUUUUAUCGUAUAUAUUAAAUAUAUAUAGAUAUUAAAAGUCUCGUCGACGCCAUCGGACUACCUCGAGCACGUGAUCACGAAUAUUCUACAAUCUACGGUGCGAGACAAAAUAAUCCACUCGUUUUUAUUUAUAUUUGGGGACAUGCGUAAGAAUAAAUAUAUUUUGCGCGCUCUAUAUAUUACACGACCCAUUUUAUAUAAACACACUGAAAAUCGUCAUUGUUGAAUAAACUUUAUGAACAUUAAGGAAAAAAUUGUAAAUAAAAGUUAAAAUUAAUGGAACUUCCCUAUCAAGGAAAACAAAAGUGUACAGUACUGUACAUUGUAAUCCAAGGAAGUAUUAAAGUAUACAAUUGGUCAAAUUCUGUUAUUUCAUUCAGAAAAUGAUCCUAUAUCGACAAUUGGAAAAUUAAUUUAUUAAAGGAUCCUUCAAAUUAUAAUUGCGAAAGCGAUUUUCCGUGUGUUUGUAGGAAAUGAGACGUGCAAUAUAAAGGGUUCACAAAAUAUCUAUACUCUUACGUAUGUGUCUAAAAUAUAAAGAAAAACGUUCGAUGGAUUAGCGGUUUGUCCUCCUACGCUGUAAUAGGGGUCUCGAGUCAGCUUGGACGCGUCGAUAAGAGGGCAAAAUAAAGCGUAGAUCGCGAAUGGCGUUUCCGACCAUUCGAAACCUCGUCGUAGAAAACUCCUCGAAGUCCGAAGUUUCAGCCCCGUAACCCGACUAGCACCACCGGUGUCCCUGAAAGUAGUGUUUCUACCGAAUAAUCGUCGAGCUCAAAUCCAAUUACUACCAUUUUCACAGACGCGAUCUUUGUGCCAAAGCGUCGAGAACCGUACGAUCCUCGAAGUUAAGAAAGUAAUCUGCGCGGAUCGCGAUAUACCAGGAGAAGAAGCGAAACUUUUUCUGGGAAGCGCUUUGAAUAUCUGAUCUCGUGGACUAACAUCGUGGCAUCGAGGAGCUCUUUCAAUAUCAUCGAAUCUUUCUUCUCGGGAACAUUCCUUUCAACUGUAUCAUGGCCGAGACUCGAGGAGACGUCGAUUGAUCUCUGAACAGUAAGGAACAGGGAGUGUCAAAAAUGGUACCUCGAAAGAAAUUGUUUUCUGAGCAAAGUUCAAGUUGUUGUUCGUCGAUGAAUUCUCGUUGAACAAGAAAGGUUUGAUGCGCGUUAAAAUAUUUUAUGUGAACAGGCAUCUUGAUAGUCCUCAAUAAGCCAAUUCAAGAUUUUUAUAAUGCUCGCGACACUUCAUUCUUGGUUUCUCUUCAGGAAUGAGUAACUCAGAAUUUAGGAUUAGAAAAGUAUUUCAUAUAACAAAGAAUAACAUAAAAUUGAAGGAAGAUGCUAGAAUGUUAUAAUGAGUUUUUUUUUUUGUAUAUACAUAUUUUAAUAUCUAAAAAUGUUGUAAAAAUGACGCAUAUUUAAUGUUAUAUGACCAUAAGGUUAUCAGUUAUUUAAAAAAUAAAUUUUAAAUAUAUCGAUGCUGAGGUUCGUGUUAUUGUUAUAAAUUAUGAGAAUUAUGUUAUUGAAGUGUAUAUAACAAUAUUAAUUUUUAUUAUGUUAAAUACUUUUCUAAUUUUAUGUUUUGAAAUCGCGUAUUCCUGAAAGACCCAAAAGGAAAGGGUAAAAAGCAUUGAAAAACAGUGAAGUGACUCGUUAGAAACCAUUAAAAUAUUUUACUAUUUAUGUCAUGUUUCUUGACUCAAACUUCACUUAAAAGUUAUGUCUGUAAAAUUCAGACUAAAGCUGUUCAGUAUUUUCAAAUGUAUACUAUAUUGAAGUCAUAUUAAUAACAUUGUACUCGAAAAUCUUGAACAGCAUUAAAAUUCUCAUUCUGUGUAAUUUUCAUAAUUUUUUUUAUUGACGAUCAAUAAACCAAAAUGAUAAGUCACAGCAUUUGCCAGGCAAAACCGAGUAAGGACUGAUCAAAACAAUCAAGGUAAACAAUGACAGUGCCAAUAAUAAUAAAACCAUUGAUACCUUGUUGCUCAAAAAAUAUUUCUUUCUCGCAAUGCAAAUGAGAAGUAUGUCUCAACUGGUGAGCGAAUUUUAAAUUUUGGCCAAAAAAAAUUAACUUGUUCAAAAGGCACUUGUAAAUUCUACGGAUUGAUCGAUUCAAAGGCUCCAGUUUACUUCAGUUAAUCUUAGGUAAAAGGAAACACUGCGAAGUAAUUUCUAGUGCCAAUGACAGAAUCUCUUAUGAUUCUAUAGAUUCAAAGUGUUCUGGACUAGUAGAAUUAGAUGAAUAUUAUUCUUGUAAUGAGAUACAGUAACUUUGCUGAGAUGUACUGCAAAACUGAUUUUUCUACAGUUUGAUGUUGCAUCUACUUCACUUAAAUACCAUUGCCAUGGAACAGAUAUAGAGGAUGUUAAGAAAUGUAUAAAAUAAAUUUUGCAUACGUUUAGUACUUGUCAAAAUAAACAAAAAUGGUUAUCCUACAGAAGUUAACACAUCGUGAAUAGUUUUGAAGAGUAGAAUUUAGAAUGCCAGUACUUACAAGCUAAACGGGUUGGUAUAUUAUAGUAAAUAUUACCAGAAACUACAUUCAAACAAUGAAACAUUUUUAUUAUGUCUCCUCCAUUACAAGGCAUUCCAAAUGUAUAAUAUGUAUCCAACACCAUUUCAUACGUUUGACUGAAUGAAAAAAUGAACUGAAAAUAAAUGUAGGCUUAUCAUAGAGAAAUAAUAAGAUGGCUUUCUAAUCUACACGAGCGUCAAUGAAAAAGUGUGCCAAGUUUUGCAUUUACAUUGAUGGAAGGUAUAUAGAACAUCUUCUAUAACUACAGAAGGUAUUCCAUUACUAAAAAAUAGCUGGUUUCCAGAUCCACAUUUCUCCAUACUUUCUCGUGUAUUUUGACGUGUUCUAAGCGUGUGCUAAGUUUGUAACCAUGAUUUUGUAAACAUCCUGCAAAAUAAGCUCGCCACUUUUACCUUGAAUUAUAGUUGUCUACUUUAGACUCAUACGCGUAGUGCAUUUGUCAGAUGUAGCUGAUAAACAGAAAAUAUUUUGAGAAAUGUAUUUCAUUCAGGUUGCAAUAAGAUUUGAACGGCUGUUAUAUACAAAGUAGUUCAACAGAAAUUAUCUCUUUUAUCGCAAAAGAAUUAAAAUUAGACACGGGAUAAGCGAUUGAAUGGUUUCAUAGUAGGAAGAAGGAAUACAAAUAAUUGUGUACAAUAGUAUGGGUUAAUGAUAUUCAUACAGUAUAGAACCCUGUCUGUUUCUAUAUCAGAUUAGAAAUUUGUUUUUAAAUAAAUCUAACAACCCAUGGUACACGUGCAUAGAUAUUUUAUUGUCAAGUCAGUUAAUUUCAUAUUUUAUCUUAUAAUUAUUAUUUAGACUGAGAUGUUAGUACAAGUUCAUACAACUGUAAAUUAUUUUAUAGAAGAUAUAACUAAUUUAAUAAUAAAAUAUGCGUGCAUGUACAACAUGAUUUUUGAAGUUGUUUUUAGAAGACCUUUAAAUCUACGUGAAAAAAAUUGUUAUUAUGAUCUCAUACAAAAAAACAUUAUAUAACAUUUAUGCUAAAAAAUAAAUGAUAUUUAGGAAAUGAUCUGUUCACAUUUAAUUUGCCCUAUGAAACCAUUCAACCUUCAUUGUAGAUAUUUGAUCGUGUUUAAGAUCAAAAAAGAUAUCCUCUUAUAUAAUUAUUUUCUUCGUUAUAAUAUUAAAAUAUAAAUUUAUAUUCAUGUUUU